AUGGCGGACGACAAAGAAGCUCUCCUCCCCGAGGUCACCUCUCCUUGCUCACCAUCUCCACCGACCGGUUUCUCUCCUCGCCCAGGAGAGUCCCGCCUCCUCGCCGCUAAGGCCGCUGCCGCCCGCCGCCUCGAGCGGCUCCGCCUCCUCCUCGAGCGCCGCGCCGUAGACCUCGCCUCCCGCGCCCUCGCCGCCCACGCUGGCAUCGACGCCACCCACGCGCGCCGCCUCGCCGUCGCCCGCGACAUCAACUCGACCAAUGGCGAGAUCGAGGACGCGCAGCAGAAGGCGGAGGAGUGGGACCGCUUCUACGAGUCCAAGAGGAAGGAGAUGGAGGAGUUUCGGCCGUCAUCUCCACAGCCUCCAUCCACCCCGGCCGCAGCCACUUCUCAACCCCACGAGCAGCCUCCUGGCCUAGUUCCUCGUCACCGUCCUCCUCCCGGUCCCUGUCCACCUCCGCCUCCACCUGGUGGUCCUAGAGGCGACGAUUCCCCGUCGCCUCGGCCGCCAUAGAGCUCUGCGAGGCCGCCACGGGUGGUGGAGACUCCGUCCACGUCAUCGAGACGCCACAGCCCAACUCAAGUGUUAGCCCCAACUUGAUUCUGAUGAAUUGAUGCUUGAUUCUGAUGGUCAUGGUGUGCUGCUUUGCAGGUUAAGUUCAGCAUGGAGGUGCCUCCCUUGAUAUGCAG